AUGAGACCGUUACGCGCAAAUGGCGAUGCAGUAUCCAUUGCAUGGGGUAGAUGUCCCGAAGAUUAUUUUGUUGUUCAAAACAAGUGGUACCCUCUAGGACGAAUUGAGCAUUAUAAUUACAAAGAAAGUGAAGACGACUCAUACAAAAUGGCAGCGAUUAGGAAGAAGCUUGUUAUCGUAGGUGAUGGUGCUUGCGGUAAAACCUGCUUACUCAUAGUUUUCAGCAAAGACCAGUUCCCUGAAGUAUACGUCCCCACAGUUUUUGAAAAUUACGUUGCUGAUAUAGAAGUUGAUGGCAAACAGGUUGAGUUAGCAUUAUGGGAUACCGCUGGACAAGAGGACUACGAUCGAUUACGACCUCUCUCCUACCCUGACACUGAUGUCAUCCUAAUGUGCUUCUCCAUCGACAGCCCCGACAGUUUAGAAAAUAUCCCUGAAAAGUGGACGCCAGAGGUGAAGCACUUCUGCCCUAAUGUCCCAAUUAUCCUCGUAGGGAACAAAAAGGAUCUUCGAAAUGAUGAAAACACAAGAAGGGAGUUACGCAAAAUGAAGCAAGAGCCAGUGAAACCUGAAGAAGGACGUACCAUGGCAGAUCGUAUCAAUGCUUUUGGCUACUUAGAAUGUUCUGCCAAAACAAAAGACGGUGUUAGAGAAGUAUUUGAAACUGCCACACGAGCAGCACUUCAAGUUAAGAAAAAAAAGAGAGCGAAGUGUAUGAUUCUAUAA